UCCCCAGAGUCUUAGAUCUCUAGUAGCCUGGCUAGUUCUGAGCGGAACCUCGAGCGGGUAUGGAGACGAUCUCACAGGGACCGAGAGGCGCCGGGUAGCUGGUUCGGGCCACCGCAAAGCCCUGAAGUGCCGUCACGAGCGUAACGGUUCAUAUAUCAUAUAUCUAAAUAUUAAGUACGAGUGUACCUUCCACUCUUAAGCCCUCUCCCGCCAUUUUAAUCGAACAGACUGGCCGCAGGUACUGGGAGUCUUUAUCCUUGGUCGAAUCAUCGUUGGAUAACGCCGACAUGCCCGUGGGAUAACCGACAAAUAGGACCGCAUAUAUACCCACCUUGGCACACGUUGUCAGCAGUCCCUGAUAUUCGGCUUCGGCGGUUCUACUUCUUGUAUUUCCAAGGGUAUAGGUGCACCCAGGGUUUCUUGUUUUGGCUGUAUUUCCAGGUCAGAAAUUCUUUACAUCGAUAGCUAGAAGUAUCUAAAGGUUUCAACAACCUAUAGGCUCUCACAGAUUUCCUACCGUUUUUAGGGAGCGGAAGUCUGCUAUUAUCCGCCUCGUUCUAACUUCAGCUUAUCUCACAAGAGCAGAUGAAUCCGUGGGGCAAUGCUGGGACUGGAGAACUCUGUGAUUGGGAGCUUCAUAGCUCACUUUUGGCUACCCCUAAUCGUUUCAGCAGCUCUGACAUGGUUGGUUAGGAAUCGAUACCAUAAUGGCUUGAACAAGUACCCGGGACCAUUUCUAGCUUCGUUGACAGACUUGUGGCGAUUUUGGGAUGUGUAUGGACAGCGACCUGACAUAACACAUCGAAAGUUGCAUGCGAAAUAUGGCGAUGUAGUACGUUUGGGACCCAACUCUUUAUCAUUUGCAGACCCGAAGGCCCUCAAGACAAUAUAUGGUCUUAAUAAGGGAUUUGUUAAGUCCGACUUCUAUGUUGUCCAGCAGUCUGUAGUCAAGGGAAACUCUCUUGCCUCACUAUUUAGUACGACGGACAACAACUUCCACGCCCAAUUCAGACGAUGUGUCAAUUCGGCCUUUGCUAUGUCUGCUUUAGUGCAGUACGAACCUUUUGUUGACAAUACGACUAAGUUGUUCCUCAAGCAAACGGAGCACCUUUUUGCUGGCAACCCGGAAGGGUGCGACUUCACACGAUGGCUACAAUUCUACGCUUUCGACGUAAUUGGUGAGAUUACUUAUAGCAAGCGUCAUGGAUUUGUCGAGAAGAACGAGGAUAUCGAUGGCAUAGUUGACUACUUAGGGAGUCUGUUUCUCUAUGUUGCGCCGAUCGGCCAGAUUCCGUGGCUCGAUCGCGUCUUCCUCAAAAACCCCAUCUACCUCAAACUCUCCCAAUGGGGGCUCAUUGAUGCGACUUUCCCUGUUGCGCGGUUCGCGCGUGCUCGCAUGGCUGAGCGUCUGGGACCUAACCUUUCAGGCGAUCCUUCCAAGCCUCUUCUUCCGGUCUCCACCGAAGGCAAAGCCGAACCCAAAUCGCCCGAUCUGCUAUCCAAGUUUCUUGCUUCGCAUGAUGCCCGACCGGAGUUCAUGAGCGAUACUCUAGUGCAAACUAUGGCCGUGUCUAUGGCAUUCGCCGGCUCCGAAACGACCGCCAUCUCACUAGCUAGUGUCUUUUAUUAUCUGCUACGCAACCCGUCUGCGCUCUCGAAUUUGCGAAAAGAACUUGACGACGCUGCUUUGUCUGGUAUCUUUAGCGAUUACGAAACGGGUCUUGUAACAUGGACUGAGAGUCAAAAGUUGCCGUAUCUUGACGCCUGCAUUAAGGAGGCAUUCCGGUUACACCCGGCGGCUGGCUUGCCGCUCGAGCGCAUCGUUCCUGAGCCUGGCGUCGAGAUUGCAGGUCACUACGUCAAGGGCGGGACCAUUGUUGGCUGCUCGGCGUGGAUCAUACAUCGCCGACCGGAGAUCUGGGGCGAGGAUGUUGACACCUUCAGACCUGAGCGGUGGCUGGUCGACGAGACACUCACAGACGCCAAGAAGGAGGAACAGGAGCGUCGGGUUCGUGAGAUGAAUGGGAUGAUGUUCCAAUUCGGCAUGGGCGCCCGCACGUGUAUUGGAAAGAACAUUAGCUUGUUAGAGAUCUAUAAGGUCGUCCCAAGCUUGCUUAGGCGGUUCGAUAUCCAAUUCAAGGACCCCAAUCAGGAGUGGAAGCUAGUGAAUGCGUGGUUCGUCAAGCAGCAGAACUUCGAUGCUAUGUUCCAGGUGCGGGAUCUGGUGAAGCCCCUGAAUGAGAAACUUGCCCAGUCUUAAACUAUAUUGGGUAAUGGCUCGAGCCGAGACGGAAAUAAUGAACGCUUUGUAUAUACUUCUCAUGUUUAGGUCCGCCAAUGAGCGUAAUAGACUUGCUUCUUGUUGUUUUAAUAUGCUUCGGUAAAUUUCAUCUAGUGUGGAGAACUGGAGAUACUCGGGCUGCUCCUGACGAUUAAUGUGAAUUAGCAUAAUAUGAAAAAAAAAAUAUCAGAGCAACUAAGACUCCCUCCCUACUGUAGCUGAUAGUGGGAAUAAGAGGUACGAAACUCAACAGACGGACGAAAGUCAUCAG